GUCGACAACCGAGCGGGCACUGGGACCAUUCGAUGCAGAAGUGCGGCAGUUUUCUUUCACUUGGGUUUUGAAGGUAAAUCGAACCGUAGUGUUCAAUUACGUUCUAAAGAAAACUAAAACGAGAGAUGUUCAGUUCCAUGGUAAACAUGUGCAGAUUGCCUAGCAAAUAAUUGUAGCUGAUUAAUGAACUGUGUUCUUGCUUCCAGAUCUACUUUUUGUGCAUGUGAUAGUGAAUAAGUCACAUCCGUGUCGGCUGUGAAAAAUAUUGUGAAAAGGUAACUUAUUACUUAAAGCUUUAGUUCAUGUUUGGUAACAUCAUAUGAUUUUUAAAUAUAUUUGCUAAGAGAAUUCGCUCUUUUACUAAUAUAAAGCAUCAUGUAGGACUUCUACACAUUUUAUACACAUUGUCUCUCCUUUGGGAACUAAACUCUAUUUUCAUGUAAAUUCUUGGAGAAAAAAUUAUAUUGUUUUGACCUUCAACAUAAUCACCUUCUCCCGUGGUUGCAAACCAAGAAUUACUUCAUAUUUAAUUGUUGGUUCAAUUUGACCUGAUACUAUGCCACAGCGGGCAUAUCCCCGGGAUUUGCAGUUUUGUUUGUUCUUGGUGGUCUACUCACCACCCCCGGGCAUGCAGAAAGAGACAAUUCCCCAUCCCAGAGCUCCUGAUCAACCUUAUAUAUGUGUUUUGGGGGUACAUCUUUUCAAGAGCAAAAUUGAUUUCCAUCAAUUUUUCAAAAUUGAUGUGUUGAGUUUGAUUCUUAUCCCAGGGGCCCCACUCGCAUAUUUUAGUGACGGGGAGGUCCGAAGGAUUUUUUUGGGUCUGACAUUCUGGCCAAAAGGGAUUUUUUUGGGGUCUAUGAAAGACGCCGCGAUUUUUUUGGGUCGCGAAAACAACACAGGGAUUUUUUUGGGCAUUUUUUUUCAUCAGCUCAAACCAACAAUAGCAUAAGCGCAAUUUAUAGUUUUGUUUUUGACCAAAACCAAAGUUGAAGUUGGCAUGUUUUAGCUUUCCAGAAGAUAAAUAAUAAAAUUUGCUGAUGCAAAAACACUGAGGGUUUUUUUUGGGUAUGCUAAAAAAAAAGUAGGGAUUUUUUUGGGUAGACAAAUCCUGAAGUUGGGAUUUUUUUGGGUAUAAAAUAUGAACCUCUGUCGGACCCUCCCGUCAUUAAAAUAUGUGAGUGGGGCCCCUGGGAUUCUUAUCAAGCUAGCUCUAUCUUAUUUGUUACUGGUUUGUGCAUAAUAACCCCACAGCCAUCUCCAUGUCAAAAAUAUUAGGAAAUAAUUGUUAUUGAAAUACGUGACAUCCAUUAUAUACUGCAAUAAUUGAUGACCUGUGGUUAUUUGGUGGCUUUUUUAAUCUGGCUGCAGAUAAUCUGAGGUCAGACUAUCAUGUUCAACCCUUUUGAGUCUUCUAACAGUGUAAAAGAUUAAGAGAGUUUUAUUGUUUAAUGUUUUAUUAUUUGUUUAUUUUACAGUGUAAUCCCUAUUUUUCAAAACUUGUGGGCACAAGGAAGUUGGUUAACAUUUUACCGGGUGGUUCAAAACAUGAGGUAUGUAAACCUACAUUUGUUACUGACAAUUAUCAAGAGGUUCAAAAACUAUGGGUUUGGGAAAUAGGCCUCUUGUUACCAUGCUUCCUUUAAACAAGGAGUUGAAGUCUUGCUAAUGCCAAAAAUUGACAAAGCACAUAAAAUUUAUCUUACACCUGAUUAAGGGAGAUAUAUUUGUGGCACUUUUCAACAAAGUAGUAUGAAUUGUAUCGACCACCAUGUUGGAAUUGAAGCGAAACUACUUUUUUCUUGCAUCUUGGUAGGCAUUUGAGAGUUACCCUUAGAUAUGCUGUUAACAUUAACCACAUCAUCUUUUCAACAUUUUCCUUGAAGUUUAACAGGACUCGAUAUAACGGCUGGUCAACAAACAAUGUCCAGACUGAUUGCAUUAGGGGAGUUGACCGGUCAACCUUUCGUUUUGCCAGUCAUUUUGACCUGUCACAUUCAGUCAUAUUGAAAUUGAAAUAAAUUAAAAUUUCCUUGCUGUUCAGUUAUUUCAGUAGCCUCCCAUGCAAGAAUUUUUAGGGGAGCUUGUCUUUCAUCCCUCCCCACAAAUGCCUGCUCCACUGAGAACAACAUUCCUUUGCCAAGCUUAGCCAAUUAUCACAUUGUACUUUCCAAAUUCUGGAAAGUUGACCUUGACCACAGGGUAAUCCGAUAAUUUAUUUUCAUUGACAAUGAGGGCUUUAAUGUGCUAUAAGCUCUAAGCAACAACUCUUUUGGAAAUAUAUAUAUAUAUAUAUAUAUGUUGUAGAUAAUUUUUUGGUUCAUGCGCCCCUGUUUUAAAAGUUAUUUAUCUUAUAAAUUUGACCGGCCAGAAAGGAUAUGUGACUGAGCAAAAAUAAAUUUGGCCUGUCAUUGUGUCUGGAGACUCUCCGGAAAUUAUUUCAAGCUCUGUUUAAGUGCAAAAUUUGUCUUUAGAAAGAGGUAAUUCAUAAUUUUAAAAUCACAAUUUUUGGUCAUGUGAAUAGCUGCAGGUUUUCCAACUGAAUCACUAUUAUUUUCUUCAUCCUUUUUAUUCCAUAAACUGAUGGUAAGAAAUGUUAAUGUGGGAUGAGAAAGAAGAGAUGGAGCUGUCUUACAAUUCUGCUAAUAAAUAAGCAGAUGUUGAUAUUGAUGGCGUCGUAACAGAGUUUGCCCAUCAGAAGGGUAGGGAGGUCUCGCCCUUUGCUUCACUAACCUCCUUGAUGGCGUCACUGUUUUACCCUUUUUUUCCAGAUAAAAACUGUACCUUACCGAUAGCCUUAAGAGAUCGGUAAAAUAAGCACCUUAACUACUGCAUUCUCCUUCAUAUUAUUUCAUUUAAUGAAAAUGCGAAAAAAGCAAGAAAUGGAAUUUUUGAGACCCUAAUUUCAAAAAUUUUCUGGAGGAUUAGUUCUAAUAAUUUUUUUUUUCUGGUGCAUAUACAUUCAAAGUCUUAUAAAUGCUAUGCCCGUGAAUAUUAUGAUUAUAAAAUUACUGUUUAUAUCUGAAGAGAGAAGUCAUUAAUGGUCUUUUUGAUUUUAGUGUUUCAGCUGCAAAGCUUUCCAGCUGCCACUUACUAGUUACAUGUAUGUUGGGUACCAUGCAUUACUAUGAUCCCUAAUUUUUUUUUUUAUGUGAGCCUGCAAACAGGUUCCCAAGUGGAGGGGGGUGAAAGAAACAAAGUUUAUGGUGUCCCCCAUCUUUUUCUCCUCAAGGCCACACUCAGCAUCGAUUUUCUUUUCUGCUCUGCUCUAGUUGGGACCCAUUUUCAGUGUUUUCCUUAUCAGGCAGUAACUGGUAAAAUUUACCACCUGAAGCAACACUUCUUACUGCCUGCAACUGCUUGAAGGUUUAUUAAAAAUAUUUUAAAAAAAGAAAGUUGUGAUCUGAUCGGAUUCUCACAAAGAAAAUGAAUAAAUAUAUAUGGAAAAGUACUAAAGUAUACACAGCUUUUCUUUUUAUGGGCCAUGCAUUUUGGAAAGAGAACAUUGAAGACAGAGUAAAAGUAUUGGAAUCAAACAUUUUAAAUUGGUGCCUAAAGAUAACAAUGGCUGAUUUGUGUAAAGUAGGUCUUAAAGUGAGGGAAUGACGUUUCAGAGAACUUAGCUCCUAAAUUUCCCCGUGAGGGUAGGGCAUUGUCCCUCAAUCCAUUCCCAACCCCCCCCCCCUUUCAGGAAAGUGUGCCUCUGAUGAAUAUUUUUUUCCUUACUGGCCAUGAAUGGUCCCUUACCUGCUGAGCUAAAAUUCAGGGAGAACACUGUGUUUGCAGGUUGUUUUUAUUUUUUUUAAAUGAGUGGAAGUAAUAAAGUAAUAGAUUUGUUCAGACAUAAAACUUGUUCAAGUGUGUAUCACUCUGUGACCUUAUUUAUUGACAUUUUAAGGCAAUACACAUCUAACUGAGACAAAAUGGCACAACAUCAAGGGCGUAAACGGAAAGGAGAUACUGCUCAUGAUCAGCCAGCAAAAGAUGAUGUUCCAACUCUCAGUAUUAAACUGCCAGAGAAAAGGGACCUUCCUAACACAUCAAAACCUUGGAGUGAUGUUCAACUCCCAGUUGACAUUCUUUUGAUGACGGUGGAGGACUGUGAGUUCCUGGCCUGUUAUGCAUACUUGAAAAAUUCCUUUAAAAGCUUCCACAAGAAACUUGGAUUUGUGUACUUCGGAACCAUGGGUGAAAGUGGAGAUGUGCCCCUAAAAGUUGCUUUGAUGACAUGUUCCGAAGGUUCUUCUGCUCCAGGUGGCUCUCUGGUCACUGUUAAGAAUGCUGUGGUGGAACUGAGACCCAAAGCUGUUUUCUCUGUUGGCUGCUUGGAGGGGUUAAACCCAGAAGUCACCAAGUUACAUCUAGGUGAUGUGGUGGUAUCCUCUAAGCUUUUAACAGAUGCAUUCAAAACCCCGGUGGGAAGAGAUAUCUUGCAUCUUGUCAAGCAUGCAGAUCAUGGCUGGAUUCCUCCAUUAAGAAGUCCAGAAGAUCAUAAAGUUCAGGUCUGCUGUGAUGGGGAGAUUUUAACUGGCACAGACCCAAUCAGUGCUAAACGGCAAUGCGUGUCAGACUCUAUUAAAGCAGUUGCAUUCGAAAAGGGUGGUGGAGGUAAGAUUUUUCAGUUAUACGUCUCGUGUACUUAAGUCAACUGUAUUAUCCUUUGUAGCCAGAUAACAGCUGAUGGUUUUGUUGGUGUGCAGAGCAGGAAACUAAGAAUGAUUCUUUAUAUAUAGUUAAGCCAAAGCAAAAAGAAGGAAUGAUUGGCCAAUGAUUGUUCCCUUAACAGUACUAUAAACCCACCCUGGUCUGCUAGGGGCCGUGGUAGUCACUUUUGGGCAAACAUGUAAUUUUUGCGAUCCCAAAUGAAUUGACCCAUUUUUUAAAUUGAUUGAAGAACACUUUACUUUUCACCUACAGUACACAGAUUCUGGUAUGUUUGCUAACUGUAAAAUAUAAUAUGAAGAACUCCAAAAAAAAAUCCAAUGUGUGAGCCCAUUCUAGUAACUCUGUAGAAAAUGCAACUCCAUUAUAGUCAAUCCAGUCGUGAAAAUGCGACCCCAUCCAGUGGCACAUCCCCAUUAGUCUCUUAUAAGGAAGUACCCCCUGGGAGCCAUUCAUGAUUUACCCUUGGGGGAGUAUUGCAUUUCUUGCAGUUCAGGACAGGGCUGUCUAAGGCUUAGGCCUGGGGGAAUUUCCCCUGUCUACUUCAUAGAAAACAACAGAAGAAUAGAAUCGAAAGAACGUCCUAGUUGUUCAAUUCCCCCCCUACUUGUAAUAUUGCAUAUUAUACUCUUGUGACAGCCCUAGUGUUGUAGCUGUGCUACGAGGCAAUAUGUUAGAGUAUUCUGAGGUUUGGGUUGAAUUCCAUAACAGCUAAUAGAAAAGCCUUUUGUAUAUAUAUCUCACCUUGUCUUCGUUUUAGAAUCUAAAGCUCUCUAAUAUCAAAAAUAGCCAGAAAACAAUAUCCUAAAAAUAGAAAGACUAACAACAUUAAAUUUUAAAAUAAGUACAAGUAUGUUUUCGACCAUUGAUAAGAUCUUUCACUACCACCACUUCAUUUCAGCAGAGUGUAACUACAGUAUCCCUUCAUAUAACCAAGAGCGCUCCCACAAUAACCUCACCUAAAAUCACUUUUACCUUCCAAAAAAUUAUGUUUUGUUACUUCAUAUCAAAUUCUAUGAGAAACCAGUUUCAUUGAUUAACAAACUACAGGCAUUAUCUUACUAAUCCCCAUCUGACAUAACUCCACACCUUGUUCCACUCACACAUCUCAACCAACUCCUAAAAUAUCCAACACUUAACUGCACUACUCACACAUCUCUAGUGCACAUAAAAAACUUCACAUAUGCCUCGUACAAUGACGUCCAAACAUAAACUCUCACAAUGUCUUGUUAUUGUGGUGUCUUAGACCAAAAAAACUUAGACCUCUGAGACCUGAAAAAAUUUACAUAAAUUUAUUUUUGUUCUGAUUUGUUUUUGUUGUUCUAUUUAUAGGACUGUUUGCUGCAGCCCAUGAUUUGAAAAUUGAAUGGGUGAUUGUUAAAGGGAUAUCUCAUUUUUCCAAUGAUGGCAACACUCCUACUGAGUCCUGGAAGUCAUUUGCUUCCAUCAUGGCAGCCUCUCUAGUGUCCAACAUGUUAAAUGAUCCAGUUUGUUUUAAAGAAUGGCUGCACUAUGAAGGUAUGUCACAUCCCUGUUCUGACAUUAUUGAUAGUGACAAAUGUUUUGUUCAGGUAAUUUUAUUUUGAUUUAUGAAGAUUAAUUUUAAAAUGGUUGCAGUUUUAGUGAAAAGUCAUUGGAUACAUGCAUGGAGUGCCACAAAAUUUCUACUGACCUUUUGGGCUAUAAUGUAUGGUAUUGCUGGCCAUGCCAUGAAUUUAGAAUAUCCCAAAAAUAAUUUUUCUAGUUAUCUGAUGCUUGUGCCUGAAAAACUGUUAGACGGAGAUAAAAAACAUACACCAUGUUGCUGACUCAGACACAAAAAACUGAAAUAAAAAUUGUGUUAUGUUCCUACCCUGGAACCCAGAUUAAUUUGUCAGUCAAUUUAAUUGAGGGUGAGAUACAAAUUAAGUAUGUCCCGUAUAUAAGCCCUGACCGUGUCCUUCCACAUCCUCUUCUGAGCAGAGUUUGAGGUCUACCGUCAACAGUUUUUCUGCUCAAGGGAAAAUGAGGAUAAUUUGAUAAUUUACAGUAGUACGGGGCAAGAAAACAAGGCUUGUAGCAGCAGAAUUUAAAAAAGAAAAAGAUGUUUUCUGUUUAAAGUUUGGCCUGUAGAAUUAGUUAGGGAAGUGAAAAAUCAAACCCAACUGUGGAAUCUUAAGAUUGAAUCUUAAAAAGGUAUCACUAAUUAACACAAUAGAAUAAUUGAGGGGAAAUAUUCAUGCACCAUCAUUACAGUACAUGUAAGUAAUUAAUUACAGUGGAACCCCGUUAAUAUGACCACCUUCGGGCCAUUUUUUAUUAACGGGGGAGGGUCAAAUUAUGGUGCAAAAUGCUUUUAAACUACAUUCUACUACAUGUAUACCGUCCUUUAAUCCGUUAUAAAUCAACCUUUUUGCAGUUAAUUAACAACCUUACAACCGCAAUUCAAUGCAACUGAAUAAUGUAACAGUAAACGAAACCGAGUAAUGAAAAAAAACACUGACUUCUUUCAGUUCCUUGUUAUGAAAGGAAAGGGCUUGUGAUUUGUCUCGAAGAGCCGUUUGCUACGUUGUAGCUUACAACACUUUUACAGUUAUUACAAAGUUCAAAGUUCUAGGAGAAAAGAAAAGGAAAUGGACUUGAAGAGAAAAGCCACAGUAGAAGGCAGCAGAAACAAGAAGGCAAAAUAACUUUUAGAGCCUCGAAAUACUGCAAAGUAAAGUCUUUCAGAUCUUUUGUAUUAUUUAUUCACGCAUCCUUUUCACUGCACACAGCAAUUUACCGGAUGUCAUGCUAACCACUAACACCUUUGCCCAAAAACAUUCAAUGAAAUAUUAGUAAUGGGUUAUUGUUUGUCAGAUUGUGUCUGUUUUCAUUCAGCAGCCCCACCAAGCAUUUUGACUGGUCAUAUUAACGGGGUAGUUUUAUAAAGAAAAUAACGACUCAGGACUCCCAAAGGUGGUUGUUGGUCGUAAUAACGGGGUGGUCGGAUUAACGGGGUUUUCAGAUAAGAAAAUGAGUGUGCUUUUGUUCGGACCACAAAAAAAUGGUCGCAAUAACAGGGUGGUGGUAUUAACGGGGUGGUCGUAUGGCGGUGUUCCACUGUAGUAACAACCUUUAAUGUAAUUACUAAUAUUAGUAAAUGCAAAAAUAUUGUAAUUUUAAUGCCUUAUUUAUGUAUACUGUAACAUAACUAGGAGACGUUUAUCAACUAGUCGUGCUGUUUUCACCAUGCACAUGUUUAGACUCCCACGCAGACGUUCUUAGGGCUUCGUAACCCGUGGGGUAGGUACACAUAACAAAACCAUAAGAACAUCUGCUCAGGAGGCUAGGGCAUAUUCUGUAUUCAUACGUUACUCGAGCCAAAAGCAUUUUAUUUAUAUAUAAUUUUUGACUUAAAGAGGUUCUUUUUAUGUAAUUAAAACCUUUUAACAGAUUCUGUAUGCCUUGAGAAGUGCCAGAAGUAUCUGAAAAUGGUUUAUAAAGCAAGGAGCAAAGUCAGAAUCAUCCCAUGGAAGCCAAGCUCUGCUGUUGAUAUUGAUGAGAUGUACACACAGUUGACUUGGCUUAAGGAUCACAGGAAACCCAGUGGUGUGACACAAAACAAGCUUGGAAGCUACACAGAGAUAUUCAAUGGUGGAAAGCGACUUUUGGUUUAUGGCAAGCCAGGUAUGCAAUUAUUUUUUUCAUUUCAAGCACCGUAUGCGGAGGAAUUAAAAAUGUACCAAGUGAGGUACUCAACAAAUAUUUAUACGGGGAGGCUGCGCCCCUAGGUCCAAACCAUUACCCUUUUAUGUACCAUUUUUCACGAAAAAGGUACCCCUUUCAUAUACCUUCUAUUGACAAAUGGUACCCCUUUCACAUACCUUGUUUGCGACUUUGCAACCCUUUUAACUGCUGUAAAUGCACUGUCUUUUCAAUAGGAAUCAGUCACAAAAAUAGAACGUUUUCUCGACUUGAUAAGCCAUAAAAUAAUAAGCCAUAAAAUGCAUCUGUUAGCACUUUUGGGCUUUUUCACAGACCCAAAUGACAGAUUUCCCUACUCGUUAUUAAUAUACUUCAACAACUGAAAUCCCUACCCUUUCAUAUACUUGAAGCCUGAAAAAGAUACCCCUUUCGGGCGAGCCUCCCCAUAUAGGCCAUCAUAGGGAGUACCCCCCCCCCUCCCCCGGGAUAUUUCAAACGACUCUUCUCUUACAAUCCUAGCCUCAUAAUCCCUCUUCAGUUGAGUGUAUUUUACUGUUGUAGCCCAAAUUAUACCCCUCUGUAACAGACCCAGUAGAAUCUAUAUCUUCAGUGGGUUCUCGGAGAAAAAGUCAAUGGGUUGGUUUAUUUUCCACUGGGUUUUUCAUCUUAGUUGUGUACUUCCCAUAAAAGCGGGAAGGAGUGGCAGGCCUUACAUUUUUACAGGCAUAAAAAAUUUGAACACUUUAUAUAAACGAUUUACGGUUUUUUAUGCGAGACUGACUACUUGUACCCUCCCUUUUUUGUUUUUGUCAAUGGUAAUAAUGUUUUGUAUCUUUGCUUCUUUUAAACAAAUAUGAGCAACAAAAUACACUGGUCUUGAAGAAGUCGUGAUAGAAAGUGACUGGGGAAGCAAAAAGUCAGCCGGGUAGAAACAAACUAUUCGCCGGGUAUCGGGGAGGCUAAAUUAUCACUGGGUAGACUGGAUUAAACCACUGGGUACGGUUUCACUGGGUCUUUUACAGAGGGGUGUAAAAUUUGUGUGGGUUCCUGAGUGCCUCAUGAAAAGGUGGCCUUGUAUUAAAAAUCAGGGGCGCCCAAAAACUUUUUUAAGUAAAAUAACUGAUCGGAGAAGCUAAUAUUGCCUAGAAAUGUCCCGUUUUAAAACAUCUAAGAUAUUCUGAGUUUUCUGCUUAUUAAUAACCAACUGUCGGGGGUCGUCUUUUUUACUUUUUUCCCCAAGAUAUCGCGAUUACCGUUCAAAAAAGGGUUCCUGAAAAUUUCUAUAUUUCUAUGAACAUAUGGCAAUUGUCCUCAAACUUUCGACGAGACCCAUCAGAGUAGCUAACAGUUUUGGAUGAGGCGAAAAAGCCACCUAAAACUUUCGUGAUGACCAAAGUUUACCUUACCCUGCGAGUAGAGGCUACAUUCAGCUCAUACCGUGGAAAUGUAGCCUCUGCUCGCAGGGUAAGUUUACCUAAGACAUCUGAACAGAUAAAUAGUUUUAAGGGCAGCUCAAAAUUAAUCAACGAUUCUUCUCAAGCAUGGAGAAAACCAUUUAAUUCACUUCUGACCUACUUUGAAACAUUCGGUCGUAUGGGUGCCCCUGUUCAAAUUCCCAUGGGCAAGAAUAUCAUUUUCUAGAGUCCAGAAAUAAAUACAUACUCAGUGGCACUCAUACCAUUUUCCGCGGUCUGAAAAUAGACAAAUUCCAAUUCUUAUGCUUGUCAGGUACUGUUUCAUGACUGAGUUAUUUUUAAAAAGCUAGUAUUUGGUUUGCGCUAAUAAUCAUCUUAGAAACUGUAUUUUCAGUGAUUUUCAUGCUCGAAGCUCUUGUUUCAGAAGUGAUUGUAUCUAUUAAUGUUUUUUAUCUUAGAAGUACUUGAAUCAGAAAUUGUUUCUCUUAAUGUUGUUCGUUUGUUGUUAUCCAGGUAUUGGUAAGACUGUUUUUACCAAGAAAGCCGCUUUUGACUGGUCCCAGCAGAGAUAUCAAGAAACCAUAGGAGCGUUUGAACUUGUCCUUCUGAUAAGAUUGCGUGAUGUCUGUAAUCUCCAUGAUGUUCCAUCCAUUUUUAAGGCUUCUCAGCUGCUCGCCAAUGAUGGCAAAAUUUCUGUUGAUGAUCUGCACGACUACGUUCUAAAUCAUCAAGAAAAGGUCUUGCUUAUCUUGGAUGGCUACGAUGAGUACAGUGCAGGGGAGCAAUCGCCUGUUGAUGAAAUUUGGGAGAGAAAUCGACUGAGUGACUGCUGUGUUAUAGUCACCUCGAGACAAAUGACAACUGACAAGCUGAGAUUGCCUAGUGAUGCCCAAUUUGAGAUUAACGGGUUUGACUAUACGCGCCAGCAAGAGUUUGCUCGAAGAUUUUUGAAAGAUGAAGAUGAUGUUCAAAAGUUCCGUGGCUACUUGUGGGAACAACACCUCAUCGACUUGGCGGAGAUUCCACUUCUUCUGCUAAUUUUGUGUCUACUCUGGAAAGAAAAAGAUCGCAAAGAACUACCCAAGAGACGCGUAGAAAUCUUCACUCAGUUCGUUACGACUUUGUUUCAUCACAUGCAUGGAAAACAGUCUUCUGAGUCGGUGUUUAACAUUGAGGAUUACUCAGAUGAAUUAUAUGCAUUAGGGCGCUUGGCCUUUGAAGCUCUCAUCAACGAUUGCCUGUACUUCCCGAGAAGUGAAUUACCUAACUACGAUCUGAUCGAGAGGAUGAUUGAAGUCGGCCUUUUUCAGGUUUUAAAUAUGUCAAGUUUGAAUCCUGAAAAAGGUGUGUAUUUCAUUCAUAAAUCCCUACAAGAAUACUUCGCGGGAAGUUUCCUCAAAGAAGAAUUGAUAUUAUCGAAAAAGAAUAAAAUUACAAAUUCCCUGUCAAAGCUGGAUUCGGUUGAAAAGAUCCUCAAAAUGAAUGAAGUGAUAAAAUUUGCUGGUGAGCUGUCAGAAGAAGUCGCGCGCGAGAUUGUGAAUCAUCUGAUUAAAAUGGCGGCGAACGAAGAAGGACUCACGAAGUACACCUUCGACAGCGAAGCACCGUCUGAGCGGGAUUUUUCAGAAGACCAAAGAAAUUUUCUAACACUCUCCACAGAGUUGUUUUUCUAUUGUUCAGCUGAGACAAAAAGAAACCUCUUUCCUACAUUUCUUUCCUCUUUCAAAGGAGUUCUUUUAAUUGAAGCAUACCAGCUAAACGAUCUUGUGAAAGAAAAGUUAGUUAAAACUACCGUAAACGUAAAUUACGUUUUUUUCACCGAUGACUUCGUGUACAAUACAAAACAAAACUAUACAGAGCAAGACUAUAAAAACUUAACAAUUUUAUCUGAACAAUUAAUGGCUUUUAUCGUAAGUUGUUCAGGAGAAAAGAAAGCAUCAGAAUUUUUAAGCAACUUAACGUGGCGUCGAGUUUGUGAAUUUUUCCUAAAGAAAGAAGAAAACAACACUCACCUGUAUUUAACAGAAAUUCGUACAGAUGCAUCCGGUUUUUAUGUUCAUGAUAUAAUAAAGGCGCUAAUAAGUAAACAAGAGACAACAAAGAAGACAAACAUGAAUGGUGAUGAGUCAAGUGAAGAGAGCAGCAGUAGCUGUUGUUCAAAGCGUCAUGGUCUCUCCAGGGUUUGGAGCCUUGACGCUCGGUGGUUGAACAGGUCAGAUGUGGAACAGCUGAUUGAGAUGAUGCCGUUUAUCACCGCUCCAUGCGAUAUAUGGGUUUGGGGUAAAGACGGUGAAGUGUUUGAUGCUGACGUAACAGAGUCUCUGCUGAGGAGGAUCCCAACAACACACAAACUGAAGCUAUUAUCACUCCGUCGCAUCAAUUUAACAUCAUCACCUGCUGUGGAGUUCAUCGACAGUUUAUUUAAAAAAGCCCCAAACUUGGAGUGGCUCACCAUGUCAUACAGUCCUCUUCCAGGUGCAGGAGUCGACAGCUUGAUUAAACAUCUCAGCUGCGCUCCUCACCUGGAGACACUGUACCUUAACGAUGUGAUGAUGACUCCACAGCAGGUAAAGGAUCUGACAUCAGCCAUCAAACAGCACGGCAACAUCACUGACCUGGAGUCAUCCUACCACGUAAGUUUUCCAGUUUUA